AUGGUAGUACAGUAUAGUCCAGGGGUAAUGGAGCUCGAUAGCCCUUCGCUACGCGGAGUUCCGUCAUCGGCGAACUACGGAAGUGGUCAUUAUGCGAGUGGUGGAGCUCCGAGCAGUGAACGUCCUGUAACUGCUCGACCAGUGCAAAUACAACAUGAAAUCAAUCCACCACCGAUGCCGGUAAAUCCACCAUCAGAGUCUCGUGUACCACCAUCUGUUCGAAGUGCAGUGUCUCCGAAACGAUCUAAGCUAUCGCUAAUCCAGUGGCCACCUACAAGCGGCUUACCUACAGUUCGAUAUUGGCAGAUCGAUCCCUCUUCUCUAUUUCAAAAAGAAAAACAAAGUGAACUAAACUCUCUACAGAGUAUGGUUGAAGCAGCAGAUCGAGAAGCACCCAAAAAGUUAAAUUGUAAGCAAGUAGCGAAACGAUUACGUGUAACCGCUGGACUUACGCACUCUCCAGUAUUUAGAAGCAACAUGAGGAAUGUGGAUAACAAUCAAAGCAACGCUAUUGCAAGUCCACCAAAAGCCGAUUUAUCAGCUUCUAUCCCAUUCAGUAGUCCCGACCUCGAGAAUGGAGUUCAGAAUGAAAGCUUAAACUCAGGAAACUCGACAGUUACUCACCAGCAAGAAAGUAUAGAGCUCAGACCAGAGUAUAUUAGGGAGGUACAUGAGGUAACUGAGCGAUGCGAAAUCUUGGCGGAAACUCCCAAAGUCUAUUCAUCAACACCUUUAUCAGAGUAUUCUAUACCUUAUAUGAGGGAGUCAAAUACCCAACCAUCCAGCUCUCUGAGGGUACAGAGAGCCACUGUCGACUGUAGCACAUCACCAAUACCAACAAUAGAACUCCCACGGCGGCGAUCUGCUACGGCACAGUCGAUGGGAAUCAUAAGAGCUCUUUCCCCUAUUCCAUUUAGCAUAGCUUCGCCAAAAAUUUCACUGUUAUCAGAACAACAAUUUUCGGAAACUAUUCCAUCCUCUCCGAAAUACCAUCCUGUUUUAGUUGAUAUAAAUACCACGUCCACACCACCGUCUUCUUCUCAGAAUGUACUGACCUCUCCAAUUCACAGUGGAAUGGGGUUGAGUAAAGAAAAAUUUGUCAAAAAAGUAGAGUUUUCUAAAGCAACAAUUAUACCGGACCUUUCAAACGACGUUUCGAAUGCGGUCGACGAGACGGAUGUUUUAACACAGUUAUCACCAGCCAGCUCAGAACCGUUUAACUCGGACAUAAACAUUAAUGUUCCUUAUGAUGGUGAUAUAUCAGAGAUCUGCGACAACAAAAGCGAUACAGUCUCAUCUGCUGACAUGGAUUUUAUAGAUGAAAAGGAGCUGUGGAUGAAGGAGGAAUUAGAAUUGGCGAGAAAAGAGGAGUUGGCCGAGCCGGGUGAUAUAACUAGAGUCAAGCCGUUUACUGAAGAAAAGGAGGAGUGGCGACAACAAGCUAUGGCUCUCUUGAACGACGAGUCUCAAACGGAGCGCGACAUGGAGAUAGUGACGGCUUUGAACAAAAGACUUGAAGGUAUCAGAGACAUGCAGGAGAUAGAUCGGCAAAGGGCAAUAGACUGUAUUGAAAGACACCAACGAAAUCUCGAAGGAAAACAAGUAGAACUUAAUGCACUUCUCAACAAUGCUAUAGAGUUUCUGAAGAAUCUCGAAACAACAGAGUCAUCCAAUAUUUCUACAAAUGCCGACCAGCGCUCUUCAGAUGAAACGUUGUGCCGAGGCACAUCUUCCGUGACCUUUAAUACUCAAAGUCAAUGUGAUGACAUGUCAGAUGCAUUAAUGACGAAUCGCCAACGUUUCCAUAGCCCUGGCGAUUUUAUAUCUGAACAUUUGGGUCGAAUUAUGGCUAACGACGAGCAGUCAUUUACUCGUUCGACAUUCGAGCAACGCGUUGUCACUGGAGGAUCUCCGGCCGGCAGCAAACCAAUUGAAAACAGAGGACAGGGCUCACUUAAUUAUCCAGGUGGUCGAAUCCCCUAUUGCGAAGCAUGCAAACAGCAAAUAAGGCAGAAACACUCGGCAAAGCUUGCCCACUGUCUUCGAGUGUUGGUGUUCAGAGGUGCAUUCGUGUUGGCUACUGGACUGACGUGGUGUCCAGAGCAUUUCGUAUGUGCGUAUCGCGGUUGUGGACGUCGACUCCUGGAGUGUGGUUUCGUCGAGGAACACGGUUCCAAGUACUGCGAGUCCUGCUUCGAAGCGCACAUCGCUCCGCGUUGUGCAAAAUGCUCAAAACCAAUCGUUGCGGAUUGUUUGAAUGCAAUGCAAAAGAAAUGGCAUCCAACCUGUUUCACGUGUGCUCAUUGCCGCAAACCGUUUGGAAACACUGCAUUCUAUCUGGAAAACGGUCUGGCGUAUUGCGAAAACGACUGGAAUGCUCUAUUCACAACGAAAUGCGUUGCGUGUAAGUACCCGAUCGAGGCCGGUGAUAGAUGGGUGGAGGCCCUUGGCAACGCCUUCCAUUCCAAUUGCUUCAACUGCACGGUAAGAAAGUUUCCUAACACUGAAAUGCAGAUAGAAAUAAUAAUUAAUAAUGAGGAUGUGGUAACUGGUUUGGGAAAUGAAACGAUGCUUUAA